AUGAGUGCCCCUACAUUAUCACAUAUACAUGCUCAAAGGCAUGCUGCACAGUCCCAGAGAAGAAAGUCUCGUUCUGCGGCAAGUACUAUCACUUCAAACACUAAUACAACCACCCCAUCCAUCAAUAUUACACCGUCAUCCUCAUCAUCCACUCCAUCCUCUACGCCACGUCUAAGCUCUAACUCGAAUAAAAGCUCACCAAAGGUUCAUAAUAGGAACUUGGCUAAUAAUGCCUUUGCUAUAGACUCCUUAAAAUCUCCGGUGUUUCCGUUCGAAAAACAGAUUACCGAUAUACCUAUAGAUUUGAACCCUGUUUUACAUACUGCUACCAUGUCUGCUUAUCUAAGGCUGGCCGAGCCUGUUUUAUUCUUACAAGGGUUUUGUAAUUCUAAGAAUUCUAAACAGAAUAGAAAUGAAAAUUCUGCACCCGCUAUAUUAAGAGGAGCGUUAAUAUUACGGUUUAAUAAAACUACUAAACUUAAAAGUAUUUCUUUGAAUUUUAAAGGUGAAUCAAGAACUGAUUGGCCAGAAGGCAUACCGCCCAAAAAGACAGAGUUUGUAGAAAUCUCUACAAUCGUCAAUCAUACCUGGCCUUUCUUUAAUUUGAAUUCAAACACUUUACCUAAUUGUGCGUCGUCUUUAUUCAUACCCAUUCAAUCCUCUUCACAUAAUACAAACAAUUGUAGCAAUAACAAUACCCUAUCAAAUAACAUUCAUAAUUCUCCAAAGAUUAAUAAUAUUCUACCUCAACAACAUUCUUUGAUUUCAGAUUUCUUAUCUCAUACAUUUUCUCCGGCAAAUUCCAAUAGUUCUUCCGCAUCUUCUUUAAAUACAGCAGCCACAGAUCAUCCCAUAGUUAAUAACAAUACAAAUAAUAAUUGCAAUAAUGCAAAUGUGAAUUCAAAUUCAAAUGUAGAUAUUAAUGUUUUUUAUCCCGGUGAUUAUAUUUAUACUUUCGAACAACCUUUACCUGUUUCAUACCCUGAAUCUAUUAGAGCUGAUUUCGGUUAUGUCGAAUAUAAUUUAAAUUUAAUGGUCGAAAGAACUGGUGCAUUCAAAACAAAUUUAAACGCAAAAGUACCAGUAACUAUUGUUAGAACUAAUUCCGAUACUUCUGUUGAAGAAUCUGAACCUAUCGCCAUCUCAAGGGAUUGGGAAUCUCAUUUACAUUAUGAUAUAGUCAUUGCGUCUAAAGAUAUAAUCCUUGAUGCCUUCCUACCAAUCAAUUUCCAUUUCCAACCUGUGGAUAAAGUUUCUCUACAUAGAAUAAGAAUUUAUUUGACUGAAAAUUUAGAUUAUUAUUGUAAAGGUAAAAAAGUUCAUCGUGUAGAACCAACGAAAAAAUAUUUAUUAGCUGAACUAAAUGGUCCUAAAUUAAAAAAUUUACCAUCUACUACAAAUUUUAAUAAAGCUAAAAAUAGAGGCAAUUUAUUAUUGGAUCAUUCUUCGGGUGAUUUGAUCAAUAAAGAUUUCGAAUUCGAAGUCUUUGUACCAAAUCAUUUCAAUUCACAUCAAUCUUUACAUCCAGAUACCUCAUACGAUAAGAUUAAAUCAAAUCAUUGGAUUAAAAUCUCUCUAAGACUAUCAAGGGUCAUUGAUGGGAAAACAAAACAUUAUGAAAUUAGUAUCGAUUCUCCAAUUCAUGUAUUACAUAAACUAUGCUGUCAUGCAAAUACCUUAUUACCUUCUUAUAAUUCUCAUUCUCAUUCUCAUUCUAAUCAUCACACAACAAUUACAGAUCAAACUCCAUCCAAUAAUUAUAACUCCACUCCGCCAGCAUAUCCUUUAAUUACUCAUGAGUCAAAUAUUUUUUUCCCGAAGGAUGUCUUAUCAAAUGAAAUAAUUACAACUAAUACUGAUCAACUAGAUACUACUCCACCAUCCGACAAAUCCUCGCACCACCAUCAUCACCACCAUUAUCAUAAUAAUAAUAAUAAUAAUAGUAGCAAUAGUGUUAAUAGUAAUAACAAUAUCAAGCUCCAAAAUGGUAGAAGAGAAAGUAUUCUUAUAUCUUCACCAAGAUUAAAAUCAAAUAUUUAUCAGCCAGAUAUCCUAUCAAGAAAUCUAACUUCACCACAAGCUAUCCCUUUAUCACCAAAUUUAUCUCCUAUAUUAUUACUAUCACCAACUCAAAGUGAUGACACAUUACCACCUCCAGAAUUUGAUUUUUCAAAAGAUGAUACCAUAUCUUUAAGCAGUUCAGAUUUAUCUCCUUCUCUAUCAAAUAAUAUUAAUACCACAUCUACCACUAAUAACAGCACUCCUUUACCAAAAAAUCCUCCAUCUUAUAUUGAUUCGUUGAAAAAUAUUAAUCAUUCAAAUAACAAGUCCACUGUUAACCAUUCAACAAGUACAAUUUCUUUAUCACGAAAUCAUUCAAACAAUUUACCAACCGUAACAACUACAACUGCUGUAUCUCCAAUCACAUCGCCAGUAAUUUCACCAUCAAAUAAUCCAUUUUUGAAGAUAAACGAUGCAAAUUUUGAUCCUUCCAAUUUACAGACUUCUCUUUUUAAAUCAAGCACACCAAAUUUUCCUCCCUUAAGCUCCACUGCAUCCCCCAUUAUGAAUCAAAAUAGUAAUAAUAGCAAUGGUUGUAAUAAUUUACCUAUAGAUUUUAAUAAAAAUAGAAGAAGAUCUAUUCAAGAUUCUUUACCUGCGACAAUUAAAUACGAUAAUUUUUCAUUUGCUGAUUUGAAUGAAAUUUUGAGUGAACAUGAACUGGAAAAUAAUGAGUCAAACGAUCUAGUAGAAGAUUCGGUAGAUCCAGAAACUUCUAUGAAUAGUGGUUUCACCCUAGAUCCGAAAUUUACUUCGUCAACUGAACAAUUAAAUCAAGAUAGUAUUGAUCCUAAAAAAUCAAAUAAUAAUCAUCCAACUUUUAAUAAAGUCUUCACUCCAUUAGAUAGUAUUGAUCCUUUAGAAAAUAUUACAAACAAUGAUGAUGAAGAAAAUCGAUGCCCUAUUCAAGCUAAUAGACCCACGCAUAAAAAACAAGAAUCUUCUGUAGAUAUAACUACCUUUUAUGAUAAAAGUUCGAAUAUUGAUUGGCAUCCAUUACAUCAAACAAAUGAAUUUCCAAAUUCAAGCCAAAACUCAAACCGUCCAGCUACAAAACAUUUAAGUUCAAAUCCAUUUGUUAACUAUAAUAUUAAUCAAAAUUCAAACAAAUCAGAUUUGAAUAAGAUUCCAGAAGAUGAUGACCAUAAUUUAAACAUUUCUCAACAAUUGCAAUCCACAAUUCGUCGUUAUUCUUUGGAAAUUGCAAAUGCAAGUACAACUCUAAAUGAUUUUAAAGAUGUUUUACACAAUUCACCAGGAACUGUUCAAAAAAAUAUUUCGGAUAACAUUUCCGAUUUAUCAGGUUACGAUGAUGCUUCAUUAUUACUAUCUUCUAGGGGCGAUAGUAAUAGUAAUCAAGAAACUUCAUUGAAUUCCGCAAGAAAUUCCCAUGAAAAGAAACACGUUGUUAAACAAACAAAUAUAAAUGAAUCUAUACCACCUUUACUAUGA